GUGAGCGAGGGCACCUGUAUUUGUAAGUUCAUGUACUCUGAUAUUGUCCUCAUCGUAAUAUUUGACCCACAGGGAAACACGGAGUAUUUUCAAACCAGUGGAGAUAAGAUAAGGUUUUUCUUUGAAGAAGGAGUUUUCGAUGACAAAGGGGAAUUCAUUGUACCAAAGCAGAGGUCAUUGAAUAAAGUUGGUCAUGCACUGCAUGCCCACGAGCCACUUUUCAAAAAGGUCACACAUUCAUCCAAAGUCCAGGGCGUGGCCAAGAAGCUGGGUCUAAAAAGUCCUGUCAUACUGCAGAGCAUGUACAUUUUUAAGGUGAAAUUACACAUUGUUACCCCCAGUGAUGUACACCCUUUAUACUGACCAAGUUUCUGUUGCAGUACAUUGUAAAACUUAUAGUUGAUUCUUUUCUUUAGAACAUUUACUUUCUCUGUAGUUGUACCUUAAUUUAAU